UUUACACUACUACAUACGAAUAUAUGUGUAUGCAUCCAUCUAUGAAAAUAAAUAUAAAAGCCAAUUAAAUACUUUACUUAUUUUCAUGGUAUAUUACAUAAUUGGGGCCGUUCUAAUUCUAGUAUGCCGUAGCGGCGUUAAUUGUUAUCUUAUCACUAUCAGUGAAGGGUAAAAGUUCCGUACAUAAAAUAUUCUUAAAAAAAAAUGAAUUGAUAUAUCAGUUGGAAAUUUUAAUAGUUCAAUUAUACAAGGUGCUAUUAAUUAGAAGAAUUUUAAAAAAUUCAUUGAAAAAUGUCGCAAAAUCAAUAUAAAGAUGUUACACAUUGUAUUUUUGAUAUGGAUGGGUUAUUGCUCAAUACAGAAUUAAUUUACACCAAAGCCUUUAAUCAUAUUACAAAUCGCUAUGGAAAGGAAUUCACAUGGGAACAUAAAGCAAAAACUAUGGGUUUUAAAACAAAGGAUGUUGCACGAGCUGUUGUUGAAAUGUUAUCUUUACCAAUAACAGCAGAAGAGUUUGAAAAUGAGGUAGUCAAACUAUAUCAGGAAUUAUUUCCAUCCGCGAACAUGAUGCCAGGUGCUGAACAAUUAUUGAAACAUCUGAAACAAAAUAAUAUUCCAAUAGCAUUAGCUACAAGUUCUAAUAAAGAAAAUUUUGAAUUAAAAACUCAAAGAUGGAAACAUAUAUUUGAUUUAUUUAGCCACAAAGUUCUUGGUGGUUCUGAUUCUGAAGUUACUAAUGGUAAACCAGCACCUGAUAUUUUUUUGAUUGCUGCAAAACGAUUUUCUGAUAAUCCUGACCCCUCAAAGUGUCUUGUGUUUGAGGAUGCUCCAAAUGGUGUAAAGGCUGCACUUACUGCUGGAAUGCAAGUUGUUAUGGUUCCAGAUCCAAUGUUACCAAAAAAUUAUAUUAAAAAUCCAACAUUGUUACUAAACAGUCUUGAAAAAUUUCAACCUGAAUUAUUUGGUUUACCACCAUAUAGUGUAUAAUGUCUAAAAUGUAUUCCUGUAUAUGAUUUGAAUAUACAGUGGCAAACAAAUACUUACAAACACACUCCAUAAAAUUUGUAUUGUUUUUAAUGUCAUAUAGGAAAGAAACAAAUUAAUUUUCCUUGUAAUUUUUUGAAAAUAUAACUAUAAUCUUCCUCCUUACAGA